AUGAGCUCGGGAAUUAAAAAAGGACGUCUGGGACGGCGGAAAAGUGAUCCGGGAACGUUGACAGUGAGGUCCACAGCUGAUAAAAUCGCGACAUGUGAACUACCAUGGGGCGGCACUCGAAUGGUAAAUCUGGGACAACUGGACCUAACCCAAUUGAGUGGACCAUUUGUGGGUCAAACCGCGUUGAUGGACCUAUUCAACAUUUUCGAACGAAAAUUGCACAUUGUGACCGAAGAAGAGCCAUUGGAAAAGAUGUUGAAUAAGACGCUGCAACGAGGUGGAGACCCUUAUUUCGAUAACUUUGUCAUACACUUCAUGGACUUUCUGAGAUAUAUUCUUGUUGAAUGGCAUGAGAAGUACGAUGAGUCGUUGUCUCUAUCAAUGCUCUCGCCAAAUGUGACAGCUGAAAUACGUCUGAAACUUGCGAAGAAACUGCUGGCAGUCAACUAUUUAUUCUGUUUGGUGCUCAUUGAAAUUCUUCCACAAGUUGAAUUCCAUCUACCACAAUGUGAUCCACUCGUGAAGAAAGUUCUAGAGAUUUGCUUCAAAAAUGUGCAAUACAGAGAGCCGUCAACUGUUGGAAUCAACAAAACGAAUCAUUUGGUGGUGGCGGAGACGUAUGGGGAAGUGUUGGGAGUACUCUCGAGCACCUAUUUCACUCAUAUUCAUAGAAUCUUCAUGACCCAUAUCCUGGAACUCAAAAAAGACGUCUCACAAACUGCGGCUCAACAAAUUGUCGCGCUUAUCAUGUCGAUGAAAUUCCUUCGAAUCAACUCGAGUCAAGUGGAAGAUUUUGAGAGUGGACUCAAAUUCUUGGACGAUUUGGGAAGUUUGUUGUUAGAAGUGAAGGAUAAGGAUGUGAAGCAUGCGGUCAUGGGAUUGCUGGUGGAGAUUCUUCUUCCUGUUGCGGCGCAAAUAAAAAGGGAAACCAACAUUCCGGCACUCAUCUCGCUGGUCCAAAAAUUGUACAUUACCACUAACGAUAUGAUUUCAAAGAAGCAACAUAAGUUGGUAAGUUGUGCCACUUUCAAGUUAGUUAAAAAGGGUUACGAACUUGUCAGAUUCAGCUCACAUUUUGUGAGUGUACUACGCAAAAAUAGAGCAUCAACUUCGUAUUUAGCAGCAUUCCCUCUGAUCACUUGUCUUCUCUGUGUCAGUCAGAAGCACUUCUUCCUCGCCAACUGGGUUCAAUUCUUGAAUGCGUGCCUGUCUCAUCUCAAAAACAAGGAUACCCAAGUGGCACGUGUCGCUUUGGAGAGCUUGUAUCGGCUGUUAUGGGUCUACAUGAUUAGAAAUAAUGCGGAUGGAAAUGCGGCGACUCGGUCAAGAUUGGACUCGAUCUGCGGAAGUCUGUUCCCCAAAGGAAAUCGAUACAUUGUGCCACGAGAUGCACCACUCAACAUUUUUGUCAAAAUCAUCCAUUUCAUCUCGCAGCAGAAAUUGGAUUUCGCUUUUAAAGAAAUCAUUUUUGACCUACUUUGUGUGAAUAACAGAACUCAACGUUCUCUGUAUGCUGAACGAAUGAAUGUUGGAAUUCGUGCUCUGAUGGUCAUUGCCGAUGGUCUUCAACAGAAGGAUGAUCCACCAGCGAUGCCAAAAUCGAUGGGUCCAUCUGCAAGUGGAACUGUGCACAAGACGAAAAAGAAGCAGUAUAUUACAAGGCCACUGACGAAUGAGAUUUCAAAAUCCAUUGGAAUCGAUCCGUUCUAUCCGCAGUGCCGCAAAGCAUUCGACAGUAUCCUCCGUCUUCUGGAUACGCAAAUCGGAAAACCCCUCAUGAUGUCGUCGAUUCAGAAUCGAGGAAAAGAGCCGGACGAGCUGAUGGGUGGAGAUGCGAAGCCAAAAUUGGAUCUGUUCCGAACGUGUGUUGCCGCGAUUCCAAGACUUUUGCCUGAUCCAAUGUCGCAUGUGGAACUAAUUGACUUGCUCACAAGACUGACUGUUCAUUUCGAUGAGGAACUCCGUAACAUGUCUGGAAUCACACUUCAGACGAUAAUCGGAGAAUUCCCAGAUUGGAGAGAGCAAGUGUUCAUCAGUCACCUCUCCCUCAUUCAAUCCCAGAUUUCGGAUUUCUAUCCCCAGAUUCUGGAUGAUUCCUUGAGACUUAUGCUUCAAUCACUGACCACUUGGAACAAGGCGAUUGUGGCUGAGAAAAAGCGGGAAUCGGAGAAAGUUGUGCUUCCAACUAGUCCACCGAGUACACACGCCAGCUCGAUGAGCCAUACGCACAUUACAAGCACACACAGUACCCAUAUUUCUGUUUCCUUCCCGAAUACCGUAACAUCUGCGUCUUCGAUUCUCUCCAACUCCUCAUCACCGCAUCAACCGACACCUUCUUUAUGUUCUCUUCCGGAAUCGUCUUCACUUCAUUCGAUUCCAACAGCCAUCACGAAUUCAACGACAACGACGCCAACGCAUUCACAAGGUGCACCAUCAACAUCGAUUCCGAUUGGAGGAUCCGCAAACAGCACUUUGAAUGUUCUCCAUCAGAUUGAAGGACUUGCGAUUGUCUACUUGUGCCAAACCAGAUCCAACCCACGAAAGCUUGCGGUCAGCAUCCUGAAGGAAAUCCAAUUGAUUUACGAUCUCCUUGGAAUCGAAACUAUGGACACUCCAGUCAUUGAUGUUCUUGAUCAAGCCACUCCAUACGUUGUCAAAAAGUACAUUGAGCAUGUUCCAAUCAAGGAACGAAUGUCUUGGAAUCUAGACUUUGCAUCGGUUUGUGAGAAGAUCUCCACAAUCGAAACGGACAACACACUGGUGAAUAGCGAUAGAGGAAACGAGUACUUUCAAUGGGAUCCGUGGGGGUGUGCACUUUCGGGAUACGCUGAGAUUAAGCAUCUUUUGACUAGGUGUCCAAGUGCGGUUGCCUACGCAUGGCCAGUGCUUUUCUCGAGAUUGAAUGCGGUUUCGAGUUAUGUGGAUCCGAAUACUCCUCAAAACGAGAGCCGCUCUUCUUUGCUCCGCGGCUCGAAAAGCAAAGGAACAUCUUCGGUUCUUGGAGAACAACUUGGACAGGAAGCUUGUCUUGCUCUUUGGCAGAAGUACCUCAUCAUGUGUUGUGCUCUGGCACCAGCUCCAUACAACCUGUCACAACGGAGUUUCAGUCCAACGAAUUCGAUGGAUGGCCCUGGAGACGUCUUCCGAUCCGUUUCGGCAUCCCUCAGAUCGUCACGAACGCCAGUUCCAAACUCUCUGUCCCAACUGAUAUCGAAAGUUUGUAUAAUUCUACGAUGGGAGAAUCUGACUGAUAUCCGAGAUAGUGUCGUACUUGGCGUUGGAUCGAUCAAUCCAUUAGCGUUUGAUAUGAUGUUGGAUGAAUUGAAAUCGAAUGGAAUCUUAAGAGAGGCGACUGAAAAGAAAACGGAGACCAAUUUGAGACGUCGAAAGCGCAAGGAUCUUCUCCGAUUGCAAAUUAUUCGAGUUAUUGAAGUCGCUAUUUUUAGAGGACUUUUAUUGGUUCACUCUGCUGGGACAUCAGAAUACACUCUUCAUCCACACGUUGUUGAUUUUAUCGAUUCAAUGAGAGUUAAUCUGGAAAGUGACCAGGAUCGGGAUAUUAUAGUCGUCACUAAGCUCCGCCUUCAUUUUGCCAAACUCAUCCAUUUGAUCGUUGACUCGACUCCACAUCUUUCCAGACACAACAAGGAAGUUGGAUCAUAUGUCGAGCAGAAAUCGGUCCUUGCUAUGUCACGGAUUCUCUGCUGUGGCCCUAUUUUUGAGCCAAUGAAGUCUAUCGGAGAAGACGGAUAUUUGUAUGGAUGGUUGGAGAAACUAAUUGUGUCGACGAAUCCAACGAUGCAAUCCGAAGUGGAGGAGAUGUUAGCGUGGAUGUUGGAGUUGAAUGAGUCGGGAGUUUUAUUGGAUUGGUUGAUGAUGCAAUGUUAUACACAGUUGACCAAUUUUCGAUAUCUCUCACAGGUACCAAGAUUAAUCAGCUCAAAGUGGAAGUACGGUAUCCUAAUCCUCAAAUUUCAGCGCCCAGCAGUUGCAUGCCGAUGCUUCCGAGCCCUGGUCCGCGUAUUCUCUCGACGUGACUUCCCUUGCGAAUUCGUCUCGCUCUUCGUCCUGUGUCAAUCUAUGCUGGCAGUCAACUCAGUCACCGAUUGUGCUCUUCACAUGAUUGAAAUACUACGAAAGCAAUUUUUGGAUACAAAUCUUCAUGCAACGUCACCAGCUCAACAGGUUGCUCCGAUUGUUCAGAUGAGAAAUCAGGCGGAUGUGAUUACGACUGUCUACAAUGGAGGUCACAUUCUUCCAAUCGAACAACAAGACGUUUGCACUCGUCUAGCCAAUUCUUAUCCUCACUUGACAGUUACCAUAUUCAGUGAAGUCUCAUAUCGUCUGGAGACUGAUAAUUGCUCGAACAAGGCUCAACUUCUUGCUCUCCUCCAACCAUGGAUCUCAAAUUUAGAGCUUGUCGACCAGAAUGUCGUAGAAGAAGCAGCCGAAGGUCCCAGAGGAUGGGGAUCCGAGGAAGCCACUCAACUAGUGCUCAACAAUUUGCUCUAUUUGACAGUCACCCUGUCUGCCGACUACGAGAAAGAGUUGGCAGAUGUUUGGAAGACGUUGGCUAUCUCAUUUCCAGCCAACCUCCCAGCGAUUCUCAACUUCUUCUACACAACCACUCUUCUUUCUCAAGAAUCUCUUCUACCGUAUACCAAGAGAAUUUGUGUGUUGGUAUCGCAAGUGGUUGGCACAAGAAUCUCCUCGAUUCUUUUGGAAUGGCUCAGUACUGUACAUGAUAGCUCGAAAAUCACGUUGGAACGGAGUGAAAUCCCACCGUAUUACCGAUGGAAAGAUGAGAAUUCGGAUCGAAAAGUGAACGAAGGAUCAACGGCAAGAGAUUCGUUGGAGAGAGAAGAACCGACUAAGGAUGGUGUGAGGCUGCUUCCGAUGCCAGCGUAUGGUGGACAUUAUUCUCCAUUGAGUCAAUUUUUGCCACCCAUUGUUCAACCGGUCCAGUUUUUCAAUAAAAGUGAAGUUGGCCUUCUCUUGAUUUGUGACAUCAUCCGUACUCGAUGCUCCGUUGACUGGUCUGAAUCGGUUGCUCUUCUUCUCCAUCUAUCAAUUCUACGACUCGAUUCUCUUCGUCCCGCUCUCUGUCGUCAUGCCAGACAAACCCUUAUCAAUGUGAUAAUGCUCUAUAUGGAUAAGAGUCAUCUGGCACUGGUCUCAUCGAUUUUGCUGAAAAAUGAGAUGAUUUAUGGGACAGAAGCUAGUGAAAUCAUUGGAGAGAUUGCUGUUGGCGUGUGCCGAGGCGAGUCACCGUCGUUUGCUCGAGCCACUGCUGAUGAGUACCGGAAGAUGAUAUUCGCAAGUCCGACGUUGUUCUCGCAAAAUGAUUUGCUGUCGGCUGUUGUGUUUUGUAUGAGUGAGAACAUGGACACACCAUUCUGGUCGAAUGAAGACGCGAAUCCUCGAAAUUGGCGAGUCCCAAGCUCUGAGCAAUUGUCGUGCACAGUCCAACACAUAGUACGACUCCUUAUCAACCGAAUGCCAAUGAUUGAAAUGAUUUGGACGCAGCUAGCAAUGAAAAUGGCACUGUCCACCUCGAAUCGACACGUGGCUGGAAGAUGUUUCCAGAUUGUUUCAGCACUCGGACAACCGCCAGGACCAUGGAUUCCGUCAUUGAUGUCGAGAUUGGCUGAAACUGCUGGAGAACAACACGAAGAAACGCAAUCCUAUGUGACUGAUUUGAUGUUGUGUCUGACGGAUUGCUCACCGUAUAUAUCACCGGUAAAUUCAAACAAGUCGAAGCUCCAGAUAAUCGAAACCAUCGAAAUGCGACAGUCGAUUUCUCCGACCCAUAUGCGUUCCACAUCCUACACACCUGCAUUCGUUCGUCAAUCGGUGAUCUGUUCAAGAGUACAGCAGUCGGAUAAGAAGAGUGAGGAAUCAGAUUUGAGAGAUCCAGAAUUCAGAAUUAUUACAUUUUCAGAUGCACGUCUAUCGCUGCUGGUUGCCGAUGGUGAGUCUUGGAGUGCAAAGUCACCGGAUGCGCUAGUUAGAAGUAAGAGUGCAGAGCAAUUGAAUAGUGAAAAUGAUGUGAAUGAAGUGAGAAUUUUUUUCAGAAUUCGAAAUUUAGAAAAUUAUAAUUUUCAGGAAACAAUGUCUCGAAUGCAAAUUCUGGCGAUCGCAGUGAGUAUGCUUGAGAGUGGAAUCGAGAACGAGUUUCUGCUUUCGCUGAAUCUUCUUAACAAGAUCUUGGAUGUUCCAACGUCGCAAAAAGUGCAAUGUUUGGCCAAGUAUGAUAAAAUGGUUGGGCAACUCGAGUGGAAGAAUUUCAAUGGAAUUGUGUCGUUGAUCACUAGAGGCGCUGUCAUCCCGAAUGCCUAUGAGUCAUCGAUCCAAGCCAUGAUUCGUGUCAGUGAUGUUUUAUCCGAGGAGAUUGUUGGAGGACCCAAUGGAAUUGCGAUUUUCGUUUGCCACACUCUACCGUACCUUGCUACGAAUCUCGAAGCUCCGAAUGCUUUGUGUAUCAAUGCGGCAAAUGCGAUUGCUUCGGUGAGUUACUGCGAUGAAACGAUCAAAACGCAAUCUGGAGCCCCGGCCGAUCAUCCAUUCGUUCAUCUAUCUACAGUAAUGAGACAAUACGCAAUGCGUACUUUUAUGAAAGAUGCUCAACAGUUUAUGAAAUGCGUUCUACAGUACAUUUGUGACGGAUGCAUUGCGUUGAACGUCGAGACUCUGAUGUGUCUGUUGGCUGAAAUGACUGAAAGAGGAGUGAUUGGACUGAAUGGAAGCGUUUUGCACAUGAUCUUUUUACUCCUUCAACACAACCAUCAUUCCGUAUCACCACUGUUGAUUAAUGCACAGGUAAGAUCCCUCAGAUCCCUCAUUGCUCAGUCUUAUUGGAAAACAUAUGUUGUAAUCCGAAGUGUGACUCGAUUCCUGCAAGGCGGAAAUUGGCCCGAUGUCUCGAGAAUCUACAAAACAAUCAUUGAGAAAUGGAAGAACGAACACCAAAUUCAGGAUCAAGACUUCCAACUCGACGUCACUGGACCAUCUGGAAAUUCUGGAGCGGUGACGGUGAAGCCGGCGGAAGAGAAGCCAGCAGCUACGGAGAAACCGCCAGAGAAGCAAAAUCUGGAUGUGGCAGCCACGAGUCUGAAGAGAUAUCCACCAGCUCAUGUUAGGGUUCGAGACAAAUUGAUUGGGAUUUUGUCAGCUGCGGGUCUCCGCAUCGGAUUGCCCAAUUCUGUAUCCCUCGUCUUCUCUAGAUCUGAUCUUGGAAGUGCCUCAUCGUCAAAUGAGCGAAUCUGCGCGUCGUCACAAGAAGUGGCUUCCACGAUGUCACUUCCAGAUCCUUCUCAAUCCGGAAUCACUGACUCGUUCCCACGCGUCUUCAAAGAAUUUGACUUUUUGGAAGCAGAACAUGAUAGUGUUUCUGAAACUGCCGAUAGCUGUUUUGGAUGGUUAUCAACGAUGAGACCGACUAGAGAUCAGGAUGAUGAGAAGGGUUCGGUGAGAAGCUCCACGAGGAAUUUGACGAAGAGAAAUGAAGAUGAAGAAGAGGAGCCAGAAGAAGACGAUGAGGAAUCAGAGAUGCAUGAAGAGGAUCACAGUGAAAGUGAUUCUAGAAGAAAUCACGAUGAUGAUGAUUUGGAAGAAGAGGAAGAUGACGACGAUGAGGAAGAACGAACUCCAUGCCCAUCUGAAUGUGAUGAUCGGGAAGAUGUGGAAAUGCUCCUCAGACAGGAUAUCGAAGCAUUCACAAGUCGUGGUGGAAGUGUCACGGCUUCAUCGAUGGCUGAUGAUGAUUUGAGGAGUCGUCUCACCAAUAAUAUUGUUUCCAUUUCUUCUCAGAUGACUGAACACCGUCACUUGGAAGAAGAGAACACAUCUGUGGAUGGAUCCUCAGUAUGUGCCUACAGUAAUGCUUCAAUGCUGGCAUCCGAAUACUAUCCGAAUCGCUCAAGGACGCUUCGAAUCCAAUGCUCUCAUCAUUUGGAUUCAAAAGUGGAACGAGAAUUCGCAAUGACUGUAAAUGAGAUCAACGAAUCAAAUGACAGUAAUUUGCUCGCGUAUGGAACUCUUCUAUCAACUCAACUGUACAAAGCGUCGUGUGGUAAAGUGUGUGCUCUUCUACGAGACGCUUCACAUCUUCUCACGAAUCGAGCAAUGUCAAGAAGCUUCACAUCGGCUCAGGAGAUUCUGUGCAAUGUGGUGGAGAUUCCAUUUUUGUUUGUGACGGAGCAAUUUUUGCGAAACUCUCCACUCUGCCAACGACUGAAGCACACGCUGAAUGAGCUCAAAGAGCACUGGGAGACGUUUGAUGAGAGAAGGGAUCAGUGCCAAAAGGUAAGUCCCUCAAUUUUCUUAAUUUCCUUUAAAUGCAGCGAAAAAUUAAUCUAUGCCACUGUUUUUUUUCAGGCUAUGAACUCUCUUCGCUCGGCGUACAAGCUAUCUGCUCUUGGCGGAUCCACGUCAUCGUUCAGUUUGACUUCAGAGCUGGAUAUGGGAAAACUACUGAACAAGCUCGUAUUCCAAGUGAAGCUGAUGGUUGAUGCCCUGAAAGAUAUGUCGGAUGCUGUCAAGAAUUCCACUGGUUCACAGACGUACUCCCUCUCCCCUGCGAUUCUGGAGCACCACCGUGAGCUUCUGAUGUGCGCUUCGGACGACGCCGCCUCAUCAGUCGCCUCAUCAAUGUCCCGUCUAAACGUGGAAGACUCGAUUUCGCGAUCCCAACACUCGUGCGAUUCGCUGGUGCUUCUCCUAGCCAACAAACGAUAUGUACAGGCUUUGCAGGCGGUUCGACAACUCAGCACACCGCUGCGCAGGAAGGAGCAACAUAAGGAGCACCAAAGAACGUAUGGAGAGGAAUACGGGUGCUGUGAAACUGUCGACGUCGAUGUUCUACUCUUGUUGUUCUGCAGAAGUCACUCGUUGAAGGCGUGGGCGUUGGUCGGCGCGUCGUCAGAGGAAAUCACACGACAGAGUGAGCUGCUUCGAGAGGCGAACGCUGAGCUGGCGUCGUGCCUGAGGAGAAAUGCACAGAGUCUGCAGAAUAUGGAACGGGUGACGCCUUCAAUGGGAUCCGCAUCGAUGACGGAUUCUUUUGCCCAACUGCCUUCCUCUUCGGAUCAUUAUGAUUGA